AUGCAUCUCGUCUCUAUGCAGCAUCAUCCCCACCAUUCGCAACCGGGUCCUCCGCCUCCGCAGCACCUUCAUCACUCGCGACCGCCGAGCAUCGUUCAUCAGCAGCACCACUCGCAGGCUCACACGCCGCAGCAUCAGCAUCAGCACCAGCAGCAUCAGCAUCAGCAGACGUCCCAGGCGCAGCAUCACCAGGGCGCCUACUCGUCAACCCACUCGCUCCCGCAGGCGUACCAGCAGACGGGGAACCAAGGCGCCGCGAGCACCCAGGACGGCUUGGGAUACUACAGCCAUCCGAGUCCCUACAGCACGCCGGGCGCGAAUAGCGGGUACACGUCGGCCGCCGACACGUCGGACAUGAUGGCCGCCGCGCAGAUGCCCCGUCCGCCGUACCCUCCCAUGUCAUACCACACGCCCCAGUCGAACUCGCCCGCCUCGGUGGCCUCCCCUUCGCAGCACGAGCAGCACAGGGGCCUGUACGGCCAAGCGCCGUCGCAGCACCUCCAGCAGUCCAUGUACUAUCCUCAGCAGCACUACCAGUCGAUGCCCCCUCACCCGGCCGCGUCGCCGUACGCCCAGCAUGCGCACCACCCGCAGCAGUCCAUGACGUCGCAGCCGAACAUGAUGAUGUCCCACUCGGCACCCCAGAACCAGCUGACGCAGCACGCCGCGCAGCACGCCCAGCCGGGCAUGACGAGCAGCCCGCGGCCCAAGCUCGAGCCCCAGGUGCCCGUCCAGCUGCAGAAGCAGGCGCAGUCGUCGCCGAUGCCGCAGGCGCAACAUCAGCACCCGCACCAGCAGCACCCGCACCAGCAGCACCCGCACCCGCACCAGCAGGGCGCCCCUCACCUCCAGAGUCCCGGCAGCCAGGCGGGCGUCAACCCCAACGCGGCCCCGGGACCGAUCCCCGCCACGACGCCGCUCGUCGUCCGCCAGGACGGGAACGGCGUGCAGUGGAUCGCCUUCGAGUACUCCCGCGACCGCGUCAAGAUGGAGUACACGAUCCGCUGCGACGUCGAGUCGGUCAACACGGAGGAGCUUUCGCCCGAGUUCAAGCAGGAGAACUGCGUCUAUCCUCGAGCCUGCUGCCCCAAGGACCAGUACCGCGGCAACCGCUUGAUGUACGAGACGGAUUGCAACAGGGUCGGCUGGGCCCUGGCCCAGCUCAACCCGCCCCUGCGCGGCAAGCGAGGCCUCAUCCAGCGCGCCGUGGACAGCUGGCGGAACAGCAACCAGGACCCGCGACUCCGAAGCCGACGAGUCCGUCGCAUGGCCAAGAUCAGCAACCGCAAGCAGGCGUCGUCUCCGCUUCCCGGCGCCGCUCACAUGUCGGGGCCUGGCGGGCCGUCGGGGUUGUCGACGGCGCCGCCGCUGGGUCCCGGCGCCGCCGCAUCCAUGGGCAAGCCCGGCCUCAACAGCCUGGGGCAGCAGAUGCACCACCACGCCGGAGGCCACGGCGACGGAGGCGCCCCGGGCGCCGCAGACGAAGUCGGCAAUGGCAACUACGAAGAUCAGCAUCACCACCAUCAGCCUCCCGCGCACCCCGGCCAGUCGGGUGGCGGCGACGACGUGAGACAAGCGCACAUCUUCACGGGCUACACCGGCGGCCAGGGCUACCCUGCGAGCUCCCAGGGCGGACCCAUGUCUCACAUGACGCCUCGCGCCGGGGACGCCAUGGCGGCUCGGAACCGCAGCCGAGCCAACGCGGACGAACCCGAAGGCCUGUUCCCGGACAUUCCGGAGGCGAAAAAGCGCAAGUUCAUCCUCGUCGAGGACAACGUGCGCGGCUCGCGGCUCCGCGUGCGGGUCACGCUCGACGGCGUCGACACCAACGAGAUCCCCGACAGCUUCCGCAAGGGAGCCAGCGUGUACCCCCGCAGCUACUUCCCCCGAGAGAUGCAGAGCCCGCCGCCGAGCGCCAUGGGCUCGCGCUUCUUCGCCGACGACUUCUCGGACGACGGAAGCCAGGAGACGGAGGGCCGCGAGGCCAACCGCCAGCGCGCCUCGAGACCUGCGGGCCAGGUUGUCAAGGUGACGGUGGGCAAGGACCAGGCCGUCGAGGCGACGGUGCCGCAGAUGAGGAAGCUGAACCGCCACAAGGAGGUUCGGCUCAACGACCUCGCCUAUCGCAUGGCGUGGCUCCAGAGCCGCGUGUUUUCCGGCAGGACGGUGUUUCUGCAGCGAGCUUUGGACUGCUACCGCAACAAGACGCGCGCCGCCAUCGAAGGCACCAUGCAGGAAGUCGCCGCCGUCGCCCCUCACUUCGAGACGCGGGUGGGCAAGCGGAGAUGGAGCGAGAGGAGGAAACGAGGCGAGGAAAAUGCCGAGGAGAACGACUAG